AUGAUUUCAUUUGAUGAUAUAUUAGAAAAUAAGAUAAAGACAGGUCGUUACUAAUUUAAAACUUUAGGAAUAGUAGGUUUAGUUGAAUUUUGUGAUGGCAUAGAAUAUGCUUAUAUGUCUAUUUUGGUGGCUAUUAUAUAAAAAGAAUGGGAAUUAAAUCAAUAAUAAAUAGCAUCCUUGGGUUCAUCAUUUCUAUUAGGUAUGGUAAUUGGUAAUUGCAUCUGUGCCUUUUUAACAGAUAUAAUUGGUCGUAAAACAACUUUUACAAUUUUUACAGGACUAUCGGUUUUUUUGAUAUACUUCACAAGUAUUUGUACUUCUUACAAUUAAAUGAUAAUGUUAAGGCUUAUGUUUGGAAUUGUAUUUGGAACUAGUUACCCAUUGGGGUAUGUCUUUAUUUCAGAAGUCACUGAACCAAGAUAUAGGGGUAGAUUUGGAUAUUCAAUGGGUGUUUUAUUUGUGAUUGGGAAGAUUUACUUAGCAUUUUUAUGUAUAUUCUAUCUAAAUGAUUUUACAUCAGGAAAUUGGAGAGGAUUAAUUAGAGUGAAUGGAAUUCCAGUAGCAAUCAGCUUUAUUUUGUCAUUAUUUUAUUUAAAGGAAACAGUGAGAUACUAUUUAAAUUAGAGGGAGUACAAAGUUGCUUUUGAAUAAAUAGAUUCAACAAUACAUGAGAACUAAAAAGAUACUGAUAUAUUAACAGAAGAAGAGGUAUUUAUAUAUAAAUAAUAACUUAGAAAUAAGGAUUGAUUAAUUGGCAAGAGAAGUAAAUAUAAAUAAAUUAGGAGUAAGAAUUAAAUAGGUUUGGAAUUCUAUCACAAAAUUAUAAAUAUAUCACUUUUAAGAUAUGGAUUUUGUACAUUUUAGCUAAUUUGCAAAAUAUGAGUAUUUAUUUAUUAAUGCCAUUUUUAUUUGCAAACAAUAACUCAAACUUAAGUUCUAUGUUAUUUAUGUUCAUUUUGGAAUUAGUAUUUGCAUUAUUAUUAUACGUAUUUAUUGAUGAUCCUAAUAUUGGUGGUAGAAAGAUGGUAAUCGGUUAUUCAUCAUUAAUAUUGGUAUUGGCUAAUGCUAGUUUGUAUCUUUUCAGAUAACAUAUUCUGUUUUUCGGAUUACUUUUAAUAAAAUUAGCAUGCAGAGCUCUAUUUUCAACGUUAGGUCUUGUUUGCUGUGAAAGUUAUCCAUUGUAAUUAAGAUCAUAAGGAACUGCAAUAGCUUUUGGAAUUGGUAAAACAACAUCUAUUCCAUCACCAUUUUUCUUAUUUCCUUUAUUUUAUAUAGAUCCUUAUUUACCAUUUGCUUUAAUGAGUAUAUUAUCAAUUAUAAUGAUUAUAACAAAUUAUUUGAUUGGAGAUGAUAAGACAAUGAAACCAUUAGAAUCACAUAAAUAAGAUUGA